AAGAAACGCUAUGGAAACUAGUCUAGACCGGCUCAGCUCGGUCUGAUCAGAAAUAAACAAGGAUCGGGUUCUUGUUAUAUUUAUUAUCCAUUUUCAACGGAUUCACCACCAGUCUUACCAAUAUUCAAGGCUACCCUCGAUUUAGUUAUGUAUUAUUUAUAUAUUUCAGAUUUCCUACGUAACUUCGAUAUUUUUAAUUUUAUCAAUUUUUCUUGCGGAAGAAACGAAAGCUAAUUCCUUUCUAAUGGAAAAACAUAUUAUAAAUCAUCGGAAUUUGACGAAUAACAACCUAAAAACAUUAAAUACUAAUGCUGGGUUUCAGGAGUACGGUAAAUUUGAUUCGAAUUUGCCCUUAAAUCGCACUUACAAUGAAGUCAGAAGAAGCCGUACUAAAAAAAAACGUCAAGCAAAAGCUUCCAAGCAUGCAAAGCGUUCACACUUUAAUAAAUCUUUAAAUAUACCAACAAAGCUUAAGAACAAUCUACACACAAGCGAAGAUAAAGAAGUAAAGAUUUACGAAACUUUUGAAGAAAUACACGAACACAUAAACGAGCCGGACAACCAAGAUGGACAGUAUCAAGCUGCUAAGCGUUACGAAAGUCGUGAAGAAGCAGUUGGUGGACCAGAAAACAUUGAGGAAGAAAAACACGAUGAUCCUGUUAAAAUUAAAAUCAAGCAUCAUCAUCACCAUCAUCAUCAUAACCAUAUUAAAGAAGUUAUAAGAUCCGUACCAAAACCGUAUCCCGUUGAAAAAAUUGUACAUAUUCCAAUUGAGAAAAUUAUUGAAAAAGUUGUUCAAGUCCCAAAAAUUGUCAACGUAACAGUCGAGAAAAUUGUACAUGUGCCUGUAGAAAAAGUAAUUGAAAGGAUUGUUCGAGUUCCAAGGCCAGUUCAUAUUUCUAAGCCUUAUGUAGUUGAAAAAAUCAUGGAAAAAAUUGUACACGUACCCAAACCGUAUCCUGUUCUAAAAACUGUUCCAUAUCCUGUUGAAAUCAAAGUGCCAAUAACCGUUGAAAAAAAAAUUCCAGUCCCCUUUACCGUUGAGGUCGAAAGAAAAGUGCCAGUUUACAUUAAAUCCCAAGAGCCAUACAGGUAUGAGCACGCAUAUUAUAAAAACCAUGAAGAGCACGGUAUGCCGAAAAUUAGUUCUGACACUGAGGAAACAUUCGAUCGUCCUGUUUAUUCAUCUGAAAAUUACUAUCAUAAUAAACAAAUCGCCUCAAAACACGCAGAUUUAUCAAUGAGAUCACAAUAUCAAACUUUUAAGGAACCAAUAAAUCAGCAUACGAAUAUAGAGCCAAUUCCCUCAAAACAAACAGAUUUAUCGCAAUAUCAAACUUUUAGGGAACCAUUAAAUCAGCCCACGAAUAUAGAUCCAAUUCCCUCAAAACAAACGGAUUUAUCACAAUAUCAAACUUUUAAGGAACCAAUUAAUCAGCAUACAAGUAGAGAAGACUCAAAGACAUUUGCUUCCAUGGAGCAAUCAACAGCAGAAAGUACAUUUAUUCCUUUUAAAUUCCUUGAGACCAAGUCUCCAUUCAAUAUAAUUGUCGCUAAUAACGACACAUCAUUUAAUUUCAACCCACAAGCUUUUGGCAAUAAAUUACAUGAAUUGCCAAUUUCGUUUCCAAUUGAGUUUAUUCAGGUGCAACCAAUGCCUUUUCAAAAUCAUUUAACACUAGAGUCAUCCAACCAACAACCUUCAUUCAAAGGUAAUUUACAAAAAUAAAUAAUAAUAAUGAUUCCGCUGUAUAUCUAAAACGGCAUUAACAUAAUAACCAAUUUUAUACGCACAGUAUUUAAAAUAGCAUAUCCAUUCGAAUUAUUAUAUUAUAUGUUAAGUCCUACUAAGUGAUACGGUACCAAGCACAUAAAUGCAUUUUGUUUUGGUAGGAAUAAAUAAAAAUUGCGGCAACGCAUGUACAUUUUCAGUAAAUAUAA